AAGAAGAAGAAAGAAGAAAUGCUGAUAUGUUAUAUGAAAAUAUUAGGGAAAAGUUAAGAAGAAAAGAAGACGAAUAUAAGAAAGAAGUUGAAACAAAACAACAAGUUGAACUCGCUCUUAGAACGCUAAACAUGGAAUUGAAGGCCACCAAAAAUCAGGUUGUAGAAGAGCGCAGUGACACUCAGUGGCAACUUUCUCCAGAUCAGAAGGCCAGAGUCUUACAAGAUGGAAGUCUAAACAAUCACCUUUACAAGCAAAAGGAGCUAGAAAUGGCUCAUAAGAAAACUAGUUCUAAGGUAGUUGUGAGACAACUUCAACAAGAACUGGCUGAUACUCUGAAGAAACAGUCUAUGUCACAUCUUCAUCUGGAAGAUGAAACACGGAAUCUCAAGAAGAAAUUAGGUCAAAUCAGAAGUCAGUUGCAAGAAGAACAGGAACGACAUGCAGAGGCCGUAAGAUAUGCUGAGGAGAUGAAAGAUCAUGUGCAAAAGCUACAGGUUAAAAAUGCCAUGCAAGAAGCAACCAUCAAACAUCAAGUGGCCCAGAUUCAAGAUCUUGAGAGCAACGUGAUAAAGACACGUUUGUUACAAGAAGCACAGAAACGACAUGCAGAGGCCGUAAGAUAUGCUGAGAAGAUUAAAGAUCAUAUGCUAAAGUAUAAUUUAAACCUCACAGAAAAUAACUUGUUUAUUUAUAAAGCAGAUAAGCAGUGUACUAUGAGAAAUGUAUUAGUUAUGCGAGUAUAUCAUUGUUAAGCUGGAUACAAAUUCCAGCUUUGAGCUAUUUUGAAAUGCAAAAUUUUGGCAUCUUAUCUCUCAAUUUUGCACCAUUACCACAAAACACAACUAGAAACUUGGCACAAUUGCCAAAUCAUCUUCUUGAUACAAUUUUAAGAAUUUCUGUAAUACCCUCACUUGUUCAGAAAUUACACGAUACAGUUUUAAAAUUAUGUGUGAGAAUAAUUAUCUUAAGAUCUGCA